CCAUUUUGAAAGUGUAGAAAAAUUUAUUUCCAAUCGCAAAAGUCUGUUGCAACUUUAUCAAAAUAUUUUCCCUCAAAAAUCAUCACAAAAUUAAUAAAAAAUUACUUUAAAAUUUCCAUAAAUCAAUUCUGCAUGCCGUAGUAAAUAAAUUAGAAUUCUAAAUCAAAGCAAAGUGUGUGUUUUCGCGCUAAAAUCCAAAACGAAAAUUCUUCGCUUCUCCGCGUUUGGGCGCCAAUUAUACUUUUAUACUAAGAAAUUCCGUGUACCGUGUCCCAGUUCCAGAGCAUUAACCCCCUUCGAGCAGCCAGCAGCAACGAGAACCGAGUACCGAGCAUUGAAAAAUUAAAUUAAAAAGAAAAUCCCACAAUUCCACAAGACUUCAUGAACAUUUACGAAUCAGGGUCUGCAAAAAGACCCAAGCAAUGCAGAUAAUCAGUGCGCUUAGGAAUAAAUUUAAUUUUUUCUCAUAUAAUUUAUUUUUGCAAAAGAAGAACAACCGCCGCGACGAUUGCACCAGAAAGAGUCAGCUCGUAGCUUUCAUCUAUCACCAGCCAUCAAAAAAGAAAAGAAAAUUUCCAAAAUCUAUAACUAAUUAGAAAAUAUGUAAUUUGUAAAAAUAAAAUAAUUGUUUGUUGUUUUAAAAUCAAAAAUCAAAAAAUCGUAAAAAGUUUUUAAAAAAAGCGGAAUAACAAAUACCUUAAUUUUUAUGUUGACUAAUUUAUUUUGUUUUAAAAUAAAAUACUUAGUUUGAUUGUUGUAAAGCGAAUAAGAAGAAGAAGCAGUAACAGAAAGGAAGCACAAUGUUUUACGCCCAUAUUGUGCUGGCGAAGAAGGGGCCGUUGGCCAGAAUUUGGUUGGCGGCCCAUUGGGACAAGAAACUGACCAAGGCUCAUGUGUUCGAGACGAACAUUGAGCAAUCGGUUGAUGGAAUCAUGCAGCCCAAGGUGAAGCUGGCGCUUCGGACGUCUGGUCAUUUGCUAUUGGGAGUUGUGCGCAUCUAUUCGCGCAAAGCUAAGUACCUGCUGGCGGACUGCAACGAGGCGUUCGUCAAAAUUAAGAUGGCAUUCCGCCCUGGUAUGGUGGAUUUGCCAGAAGGACAUCGCGAGGCGGCUGUAAAUGCGAUUACAUUACCCGAAGUGUUCCACGAUUUUGAUACGGCCCUCCCAGAACUCAAUGACAUCGAUAUUGAAGCUCAAUUUUCCAUCAACCAAUCCCGAGCCGAUGAAAUCACUAUGCGAGAAGACUACGGAAGCAUGUCGAUGUCUCUGCAUGAUGAUGGAUUUGGCGAUAUGGGUUUCGAUGCAGAUACACCGGAUCUUGUCCGCGAUGGAAUGGAUCCAAAUAUUGACGAACACUUAUUUGCUGAAGAACUCGGAAAGGAUAUUGAUCAGACUAAAGAAACAUUGCCUGGAUCUUCGCGGGAUAUUGUUGACGACAUAAAUGACCCGAAUUUGGAUGGUGAUGGCUUUGGCGAUGAAUUUGGACAACCAGCUGUUGGACUUUUUGAAGGAGAUCUAUUCGGAGAGCCAGCAUUACCGGCACCAGCCGAAGCAAGUGUUAAUCUACCCGCCAACGAAGAUAACUCCGACGAUGAUAUGGAUGAUCAUUUCGACACGGGGGCACCAUCGCCGAUGCCAAGUUCAAUUGGAUCGCGACCGCCAUCAGUGUUGGGACAAGACAAUGUGAGGGCGCCAUCGACGACGCAACAUCAACAACCAACUUCGCCUCAUCAUGAGCACCAAGAUGAGAAUGAGCACCAACCCGAACCGGAUCUUGAAUCUGAGAACCCAGAAGCAAAUGGUGUUGAACAAUCCACCCUUCUGCACAACGAAGAAGAGAGUUUCGCUUUGGCACCCGUGGAUGCAUCAGCAUACCGAGGUGUAACCAAAGCCAAAAGGAAACGAAAACUCAUUGUUGAUGAGGUAAAGAAUAUUUCUGGGGAAGAGAUGAAAGCUCAAUUGGCGAAUACAUCGGACAUUGUCACAACAUUAGAUCUGGCGCCCCCGACGAAGAGGUGGUUAAUGUACUGGAAGGAAACGGGCGGUGUUGAGAAGCUGUUUUCCUUGCCCUCACGUGAUAUCCCUGCUAGAGGGCUUUUCGCUAACUACACGAGGCAUAUUGUGUCACGAUUGGGAGUGUUGGAGGACUUCUCUAUGCUUGGACCAGCGGAUCUGUUGGCCUUAGACCAAAUCCAACAGGAACACGAAUCACCGACGACGGCGGCGAGUAAACGUGGACGCAAACGCAAGGGAGCCAUUCAGGCUGAAGUCGUUGCAGCGCCCACACUCAUGCCACCACCUCCUCCUGCGAUUGUGCCUGCUGACGAGACACUAACCCACAGUUUGGCCGAACCAGAUUUGGUGCGAGAUGCCGAACUUAACCCACGUGUGUCCGCAGUGUCCCUAGAAUUCAACCAAAACGAUUCGUUAAUGCCUCCGCCUCCGACGCCCGGAUUCGAUUCGCUCCGAAGCCCCGGCCAUAUGUUCCCCAUGCCAGAGCUGAGUGGAUUGGAUCCUAUGACGCCGUUGGGUGGAGUUCCAAUGACGCCUGGCAAUUUACCGCAUGGCAUUGUCGACAUCCACGACGAUUUCCAUCACAGUGGUCUGACUCCGGCCGACUUGCACCAUGGUGGCAUGACGCCGCAUCACUCGAGUAUGGAGAAUAUUGACGCUUUACCAAACCUGCCAGUCGACCAAGUCUCGUCGAUAUUGAACGAGGCCGAAAACAUGCCCGAUACUUCAACAGACAAUGUUGCAGAUAAUAUGGCAGACAACAUGGCUGACAACUUGGAUCUGGGUGAUUUGACGUUGGUUGCACCAGCGAAUAAAUCAGCCGACUUGGCGUCUGAAUGGAAUACAGAUUAUGAAUUCCCACAAUCUGUUGGUGUUCAUCAACCUGGUGAUGAGCAAAUGGAAAAUGAAACCGAUGAACAGUUCGAGGAACGAGUUUUGAACAAAAGAGCUGCACAAAUGUUCGUCCAAGUUCGCAGUCGUUUACAAAAGAAUGAUACUCUCAUGUUGUCCGAUAUGACACACAGAAAUACAAGAAAACAGGCUGCACAAAAGUUCUACUCCCUCCUGGUACUUAAGAAAUUCCGUGCUUUAAGCAUCACCCAAUCGGAACCAUAUGCCGACAUCUUAGUUGAAAAGGGACCCAUGUUUGAUAAUCCAAAACUGUAAAAAGCAAACAAACAAAAAGAAAAACAAACACAACCAUUUUUAUUAGGUUUUCUUUUUUAUUGUUCUUUUUAUGUUAAGCAUAUAAAUUAAGAUUAGACUUUUAAGAAGAAACAAAAAACACUAACUGUAAGUUGUUACCUAUGAUUAAAACAAAACAAAAACAAAAACAAAAAACAAAACUAAAGUCAAUCAAAUGACACAGUGAAAAUUACCUGCAUGAUGAGAUUGUACCAGUAUAUAAAACAGAAAACAGACACAAAAAUCAAAUCUAGUUUGCAUGUAAGGGAAAUUUUUGUAAAUCAAAUUUACACAUUUUUAUGUAAAUAUCUUUAAAAAAAAAUAACUUAAAAAUUAUGAGUAAUAUGUAAAAAAAAAAGAAAAUAAAACAAACGUAAAUAUUAUGAUAAAACACAAAAUAAAAUUUCUAAAAAUCUAAAAACAAACAAACAAAACAAAUUAAAAAAUUAAGUACUGAUAGCUUUGUCGCUUUGUGUUAGUUCAGACAUUCAAAUGAAAGUAAAAUGCUAACUUAUUUUUAUUGGUUAAUCCAUUUAGUCGUUAAAGCUGAAAGUUAAUGGAUAUGACUUUGUACAGGGUCCGGCAGCGAGGUAUGGAAGAUUUGAAACAAAUUAUUACACUCUCAUUUUUUCAUCAUUCGUUUUCAUUUUUGUCAAAACACUACUGCAGACGUUGCCGUUGUGAAAAGUCCAACAUACUACUCUGAAGCAUUUGAUGUCGAACUGCACGAUUAUCUUGGGUUAUUGUCUCACUUAAGGCUUCGAGUGUACGUGGUUUGUUUAGGUAUAAGUACUCGUGCUUUGAGAAAGACAUCCGCUGAUCAAGGGGGCUAUUCCAUAUCUUCUUACAAUGAAAUCAGAUUUCCAGAGAUUGUUGCUCUUUAAAAAACUCAUUGUUGCUCUUGUACGUCAAGUCGGUCCAUCUUGUUGAAACCACACAGUUUUCAAGUUGAUACGUCAUCUUCUUAGUUCUAGCAAAACAAAAAUCUCGCAGUAUCUGUAAGUAACGAUCUAUAUUGACAGUGACAGUCAGACCAAUUUCUCGAAAAAAAUACGGACCAAUAAAGUUUCGAUUAAUGCCACAUCAAACUGUAACUUUGGGACUGUGAAGAGGUCGUUCAUGGAGCUCUUGUGGGUUUUCAGAGGCCCAAUAAAGAAGUAUUGCUAAUUAAUACUCCUGAGGCUUGAUUAUGAGCUUCGCGAGGGAUCGUUUUCAAUUCGACCUUUCAAAUUCGACUUGCGUCGUAUUUCCUUAUUAAAGUAUUCGCGGCUAACUUACAUUCGUUGAUUAGUCGAAUUCAAAACGAAGAAGGCGAAAGCGAAAGCAAUAAUUGAAAAAUGACAAACUCUCUAGCAAAACAAUCCGCCGCGAAUCCCAUAAUCAGGCCCCUGAUAAAUGCGAUUGGCCUUCGUGGCUUAGUAUUCCAACAGUGUCAUUCGUCAAGAUUUCCAACAUUGCGUCUUAAAAUCUUAUCCGUCUGCGUAGUCCUUUUGCUGCAAUUUUUGGAUAACCUUCAUCUUUUUCCAUCCAAAAUAAAAAAUGGCAUCUCGCAACGAAGUCGAUACUACCCGUACUCAUCACAACAUACGGUUUCCCCCACCUGUCUUGACACCCUGUUCAAAUCUUCCAUAACUCGCUUCCCUGUAUAUUUUGCCUUUGAGAUGGUAUCAAAUUUAAGCUCGAGUAGGGCUCAAAAAAAUAAAUGCCAAGUAUUUUUUAAAUCAAUUUUGAGAUAUUUGAGCUUGAAGUUAUAACUAUUCAUGCAUAAUUUUUGUAGCUCGAACUGACAAAAAUGUUCAACUUAUUAAAAUUGGAAAAUAUUUGACAAGCUUUUAUUUGCUUCACAUUUCAAAUGUGUACACACACUGGUAUUCAUAGCAAAGUGGGUCAUAUCCUUUCAGAAUUUCCAUAUCUCUGAAAACAAAAUUCGGUAUUUAAGUUUGUUCGCCAUUUAAUCGAGUAAAAAAGUGUAGGGAUCCAGGGUCCAGCACGUAACUUAAAAUGAUCGAGUUGUCGAAAUACAAUCUAGAAUGUAGUUUUUUGAAGUUAAUGAACUCGAUCCUAUCAAGUUACGUGCUGAAACUUUAAGCCUUUAGCGAUAUAAACUUGGGGUUAGGGUCUUUUAUAUUUUGAUUUAUAUAUUUUUAUUUGUAUUAGCGACAGAACACCACUUUUUAAAAAUGGUGCUCUAUCAUUUCCUCCCAAACCCCAAACAAAUAUUAUUAUUAUUGUUAUUAUUAUUA